AAAAUAUGGGCAAGGAUAAGAAGAAGGAAAAAAAGAAAGAUAAAAAGAAGGAUAAGAGUCAUAGAAAGGACAAAAAAAGAAAACAUUCGUCUAGUUCAUCUUAUUCUUACUCGUCAUCUAGUUCGGAAAGAAAGAAGAAAUAAAAAAAACAAAAAAGAUAAUCUCGUUCAAGAUCAUUAAAGAAGGAUAAGGAGAAAGAGAAAUAGGUCACAUAGCCAUAAAAAUAGAUCAAUGAUAAUAAGAAUUAGAAUAAUAAUGACAAUUAGACUAUAGUUCAGGAAAUUGUGAAUAAAUAGUAAGUGGAAAAUGUUGUGUAGAAUAGUGUUGUAAAUAAGGGUGAUCAAGAAAAAUAAAUUAUAGAUUAGAAGAAAAUUGAAAAUUCGGAGGCUGAAAUAAAUUAAGUAUAAGUAAAAAGUAAUGAACAAAAUCAGAAUAUAAUGGUAGAAGAAUAAAAUAAAAUAGGCAAUUAAGAAGUUUAACCUGAAGAAGAGGGAGAAGAUGAAGAAGAUUAUGAGGAGAAAAUGAAAAAGGUAAAUUAAGAAUUAUUGAAAAAAUUUGGAUUUACAAGUUUCGGUUCAUCAAAAGGAAAGGAUCACACAGUAAAUUCAAAAUAUUAUUUAAGGCAAGUGCAGUGGAGGGUGUUUUUAAGGCAGCAAAUCAGAAACGAAAAUACAGAUAAUAUAUGCAUAGAAGAGGGGGAUUUAAUAGGCUAUUGGAUAAAAUGGAUUGA